AGCACCGCAGGAUGUUUCUCGAGCGGCACUCUCAUUUGGGAAGAGGAGAAAAAGCCUGCUAGGGGGACCUUAAAGUUAGCUGAGGAGAACGGCGGGAGCCUUGAAUUAUUCCUCGAGCGCCUCGGGAGGAGGAUCCGAAAGGAGAUAAGGAUUAGACAGCUAUGUUGUGGGUAUUCAUUGAUGGGGAUACAACUCUGAAAGCGGGAAAACGAAAGAAAGUUGGAGUCUCGUAUUGUCGCUAAGCAGUUUAUUUUGGAUUUGUGGUUUGGCCGUGUGUUCCUUUCUUCAUUUUAUUUUUUUGGAAGGGAGAAUGAGAUUAACUAUCUGAACAAAAUUGCUCACUUGUCUGGGAGUAGUGUGAACUUUUCUCCUUUUGAGCUUUUAAUUUCAUAAAGACUUAAAAACAUUUUUGAAGGGAGAACCAGAGGGAUUAGAAACCUUGAAGGAUUCAAAAACCAUGACCUACGGACUAAAUCCAAGCCUUCUCUUGGCGCUGCUCUGUUUUCUCCACAGCACUGAGGAGACCUGCCCCUCCGUGUGCCUCUGUAUAUCCGAUACAGUAAGCUGUAGCUCCAGCGGACUUACCAAACUACCUCACUCCCUGCCCUCUUUCUCAAUAAGUCUCGACCUCAGCCACAACCAUGUCUCCUGGCUGAGUCCAGGCUGCUUCAACGGGAUGUCCAGGCUGGAAAACCUGCUGAUGGCGCACAAUCAACUCAAAGCCCUGAAUCCUGGAACUUUUCAAAACGUCUCUGGUCUCAGGCACCUUGACCUGUCCUCCAAUAAGUUUCGUGCGGUAGAGCAGCACUACUUUCAGGGGCUUUGGAGGCUGGAGGAGCUCCUUCUCUUCAAUAAUAAGAUUGCACGGGUAGAGGCCGGCACACUGAGUGGCCUGAGCAGCUUAAAAAAGGUCUAUUUCAGCCUCAACCAAAUCACAGACUUCCCUUUCUUCUCAAUCCAAGAUCACACUCAUCCAUUCCUGAGCAUGUUAGAUCUCUCAUCCAACCGACUGACCCAUCUGCAAUGGGAGGAUGUGAAAGCUUUACCCAGGUUGGUGCAGCGGGGCCUGUAUCUCUACAACAACUCUCUGAUCUGUGACUGCUCCAUGUACAGCGUGUUUUGGCACUGGGACCUGAGGGGCUAUGACUCAGUGAGGGACUUUAAGGAGGAGCAUAUCUGCUUCAUUAACGGAGACCUACGAUCGUCCAUCCAAUUUCUACAACAGAACCGAUUCUUCCUCAACUGCACUGUGGAAAAACCUGUUUUGCAGCCCGUAACAGUUCUCCUUUCCAACGUGUUGGUUUCAGAGGGAGAAAGGAUGCGUCUAGACUGCCAAACAUCCCUGACGAGCACAGAUCUCUCCUUUACGUGGCUCUCCCCAAGCAAGGGGCACAUCACCAAGGCCAACAUAGAUGAUAAUCUAAUUAAGCUGCUUCCUAAUGGUACUUUGGAGAUCCGAGCAACCAAGGUCAAUGACUCGGGACUGUAUGUGUGCACAGCUGUGGAUAUUAAACAGGCACUGAAUGCAACUCGGGAGGUGAACGUGACGGUGCUGCUGCCCACGGCAGAGUUAUUCAACACUGGCUACACAACGCUGCUCGGCUGUAUGCAAAACAUGCUUCAAAUGACAGAAUUACACACUCCAACAACAGAGAUGAAAGAUGCUAAAGAAAAGACUCUCAUGCUCCGCACUGAAGGAACAAAGUACAUGGGUGAGAGGGUUUUUCCUGCAUAAAGACAUUUUUGGCACACCCCCCGCAGAGGUUUUUAGCCAGCCCCCAAAGGAAAAUCAACCAGCACCAAAUGAUUAAGGGACUGAGAAUAAAAGUAGCAAUUUAAAUCCUCUCUAAAAGAGCUUAAUAACACUUUAUCAAACAACCACUCAACAAGCAACGUGUCUUUUGAAUUCCAGGGGUCAGGUCCCCUCUAGUCCACAGCUUUACAAUCUUUUAGAACUCAUUCAAACCAGUUUUGUUCAUUGGAUUUCAUUUACUUAACCCUGCAUCAGCAUAUUGGCCGCAUUUUAUCAAAUGGUUGGAAAAAAGCCUGAAAAUGCACAUUUUUCUUAUGACUUAUGGCCUCUACCGUAUGUAGAUCAAUCAGGCUUUAUUGCUGCGUAUAGUCACCCCACAAAGGCCGUUUCAGAGCCUAGAAAAAACCCUGAGGUUGACUGCAUAAAAGAGCUAAGACAGCAUAUAGCUGGUCGAUGAUGAAGGGAACCCUGCCGAGACAAACAGCAGCCUCAAAAGAAACAAAUCAAUUUUCUUCAAGUCUAAGCAUCCAUAAUGUUUUAAGAUUGUAGCUUAAUCUUAAUAAAAACACUGGGUGGGACUAGGGAUUGCAUCAAGAUUGAAAAGGAUCAGAUGUAAUCCUUCAUAUAAUGUCAGGGACAAGUCAUCAGUAACUGCGUGUAUUACAAAGCAGAGCUUGUCAUUGGAGUUAGGGCCUUUGAUUAUUUUGAAAUCCUUAAUUAAAACAUGACUCCUUUUAAGAUAGAGGCGACUAAUAUUGUUGUGCAGCUUAUAUGUAAAUUCAAGUUCAAAAGGAGGUGGGAAAUCUGAUAUCAAAUGGCCAACGGUGCAUGAAAGUGGAACAGACUGGCUCUUUGACAGCGAUGAGUUUCAUCAGUAUUAAACUCACAGGGAUUAACCCAAAAAAAUUCGUGAGACUAAGGCUGCAUCCAUAAUAACACUUUUUUUGUUUUGUUUUAGAACAAUGAAAACAACUUUGGUUUUAGAACAGCUUACAAAAUAAUCUCUGAAUAUACUAACACGGCUGUAAAUGGACAUAAUAUCGUGCAUUCACAACAUGGGCGUGUGUGUAUCAGCGUAAACAGGAAGGAGAGGACUGGGUGCUGGGAGAAGAAUACUGAAAAGGAUGCACAACAGCGGGGAAAAGUUAGGGAAAGGUUUUUUUAACUGACAGAUGAUGAGGUAGAAAGUAAUACACGAGCAUAUGGUGUUCAUGGACAAAGCAGUAAAAGGUUACAAUAAGAGUAAUCGUAAAGUUUCUGCCUGCCCAGAUACCUACAAAGGAUUAGGAGGGAUUAGGAGAAUUAGGGCCAAAAUAAUACAAGUAUUAAAUUUAAAGGACUUUUUUAUCUUGUGGUUUUUUAUUAUAAGGAUAAAGUCAAAAUUUUGUAACAUUUCAAGAAUAAAGUAUAACAAGUUAGAAAAAAGUUGUUUCGAUUCAAACUACACCUGCUAGUAAUUGGCAACAUCUACAAAAUAGUCUUCUUCUUUCAGCUGCUCCUCUUAGGGGUCACAAUGGUGGAUCAUCUGCCCCCAAUUCACCUUAUCCUUAGCAACCAACCCUCUGCAUGCCCCUCUUCACUGCAUCCAUGGACCUCAUCUGUGGUCUUUCACUUUUCAUCCUGCCUGGCAGCUCCAUAAUAACCAUCCUGUGCCCAAAAUAUCCAUGAACUUUCCUCUGUGCAUGUCCAAACCAUCUCAGCCUUGCCUCACUAACUUUGUCAUGAUUGCCCCUGCCAAAUGCCUUGCAUAUAUUAAGAUAAAUCAUACUUUAGACUUAGUAAUGGGGAUAUUAUUUCACUUUUAGCACAUAAAGUGUGGUAAUAACUACUAGAUCUAUGAGAGCUGACUUUAUUUUUGACAUUACCACUUUAUUCUCAAAGUAGCACCUGAACUUUAUAAAAUUAUAGGGUUUUUUUUCUAAUUAUAAAAUAAAAUCAGUAGCGUUUCCUGAAGUUUGAAUUUUAAGGGUCCUUUAUUGAUGAUGCUGUGUGGACCUUAGUCAGAAACGAUGAGCCGUGAUAGAUCACCGUGCUAUAAUGCACUACUCUAUUCAUGACACCAUCACUGAUCGAGUAUCAAACGUUUUCAGUGUGGUAAGCAUCCUUUCUCAACAAAGAUUACAUAAGACGUUGCUGUGCGCCUGUAUGAUGUAACGUCUUGUAUCUUGUUUUUCAGACACAGUGCACUAGAAACAUUAAAUGGUGCGAUGAGUUGGAGUGAGAUUUCAGGAGAUUACCACAAGGAUAAAAAAACCAGGUUCUUGGUGAAUUGCACUGUUUUUAAAUCCUUCUAAUCCGCUCUCUGACGCAGCAAACACAGCUGGGUUGGGAUUUAUUGUUUUUCUCAUAUGAUUAGAUUAGAUUAACAGGUUAAAACAAAGAGGACAUGUUGUGAGCUUUUCAUGGAGGGCUUUCCAUUUCGCCGAGGGUCCACAGGUGAUCCUGGUUAUGCAAGCUCACUCCAGCUUUAGGAAAUAAACCUCAGUGUAGGCAGGAUGUCAGAGUCAGGAUGAGCGAAGCUGGUAUCCUAAAGCUAUUUGGAAUCCAGCAUUUUAUUUUAACCUUGUGACAACAAGUACUUAACUGAUAAUGGGAGGCCUCAACACUGCGUUGCAAAAAUGGAAUGAAUGAUUAUUGUGCUUUUUCCAGUUCAUUUCAGACAUGAGGAGGUAGUCAAGAGGCAGAUUUGGUUUGCCGAAAUCAGGACCCUUCCAGCAUUUCAUGUUUUGUUUAUACUAACAUUUAACCGCUGAUGGAAAGUCCUGAUAAUAACACUGUAAAAUAAAUAGCUAAUUUCCAGCAUACAAAAAAAAUGCAACUCUGUACAGCUCAGUCUUUUUGCUCCCUGCAAAUCAUCCCGAGGCAUUCUGACAAAUUACCCAGAUGUAAAGGAAGCAACUCCUUAAUGCUCGAAAAGAUGUCCUUCUCCAAAGCGAAACACUCCAUCAGGCCCAAAUUAAAGCAUGUACUUCCCCUUUCCAGAUUAAUUGUUUUCCCAAGUUCGACUGGGCUCCCAGGGAUUCGAAAUCAUCUUAGUCAAGAAUCUAAUUACUGUGAAAGAGGAGUUUUAGUCUGAAUAGCACGGGUUGAAUUGCUUUCAUUCGUGGAAGGCAGCCUUGACUGUCAACACAGGCUAUUACUGAACUGUCAAAACAGUCAUCAGGCAAGAGUGGAGGCAUCCAGCUGUGUUAGAUACAUACUCAUUUUUCAAAUGCUGUGACACCCACAAACACACACUCCCUGUGUCACCUACAAUCCUUAUUUUAUUCUAACUGGGCACCUAACUUGGAAUAUGCGCUUGUGAAAAGCUACUGACUACGCUACAUUAUCUUUUUUUAGGAGGUAGGUCAGUUGCUUCCAAAAAAAGCCUAAAAUAAAUGCACACUGCUACACCAGACAACAGGCUGUUCAUCAUACCUCUGAGCUGAAUGCGAAUGCAAGCCACGUUCUGUGUUUUCAAAGCAGUGAAAAGCAGCGGGAUUUCCAGCAGGGAUCUGGUCUCAAUCAGAGCACUGUGGAGUACAUAGCAUAUGAAUAGUUCCUUAAUCAGACCUACAGGCCCGUCACAUUUCAUUGCAAACAAAUGAGUAUAUGCUCUUAAGCAGCAUAUUUUGGAGCAGUCUCCUGGCUCACUGUGUCUCACCAAGUAGAAUUUAGAUGGACAUUAUAGGAUCUGACAAUCAAAAUGACCCAGUGUGUUUCAAGUUUUAUACCGCAGCCCAUGACUACGUUUUUACAACACUGUCUUGUCUAUUUAUUCUUCCUUGGCAUUCAGUUGUAUUUUUUUCCCACUGGCUUUAUUGUACCUGUAUCAUGCUGUACCGGUUCUUUUGUUAUAACGUGUCAUACUUGUCCACUAAAAGACAACAAUAAACUUUGAUGA